CCAACAUUGAAAUCCUUACAGCUCUUAAAUAUAUUAUUUAUUUCAUUACGCCGACAAGAUGACCAAUGACACUAUGACUCCUAGGAAAGUUCUCGUCUUUGGCGCAACCGGUGUUAUUGGAAAGUACAUUCUUGGAGAGCUCUACAACGCCCGAUCAUCGUUUGAGAAGAUUGGCCUGUUCACAUCCGCAGCCACCGCGAAAAACAAGUCAGAAGAGCUCAGUAGCUGGAAAGAAAAAGGCGUCAAUGUAAUCAUCGGAGAUGUAGACUCUGAAGACAACGUCAAUAUGGCUUAUAACGACUACGACACUAUCAUAUCGGCACUGGGUCGCAAUGCAAUUCUAGCGCAAAUUCCCCUGCUCAGGCUGGCGUCAGCCUCCCCAACCAUACAUUCCUUCUUCCCCUCAGAGUACGGAACAGACAUCGAAUAUGCCCCCACCUCUGCAACCGAGAAGCCUCAUCAGCUCAAACUCGAAGUUCGCAGGUUCGUCCGCGAGAACAUUCAGGAUUUGAAGGUCACAUACCUAGUCACGGGCCCGUAUUCGGAUCUUUACUUUGGUACGUCCCCAGACGCAAGAGUGGGAACCUUUGACGUGCAAGGAAAGCGCGCAACGCUCCUGGGCACCGGGCAGGAGAAGGUCAGUUUCACCACGAUGCGCGACGUAGGUCGUUUGGUUGUUGCAGCACUGAAGACGCCAACCACGGAUGCAGAACGCAUUCUCAAGGUGAACUCAUUCACUACAUCGCCUGCGCAUGUUCUUAGUGAAUUCGAAAGGCAGACAAGCUCUCAAUGGGAUGUAACAUAUACCCCACUAGAAGAGUUGAAGAAGCUGGAGGAAGACGCGUGGAAGGAAGACGCGGGCCUGAAGACUGUGUUUACGCUACGGAGAAUAUGGACGGAAGGUGGCACUUUGUAUCAGAGCAGGGAUAACGAAUCGAUUGGGCUGAGAGAAGGGGAUAUGGAGACGUUGGAAAGUCAGAUAGCGAAGGUGAUUGGAAAGCGAGGAUGAAGUAACGGUCG